AGAGUUGCAAGAGAUGGAGUAUACACUUGAUUUUACUUCAUGCAUUACUUCCUUGGCCUAUAUAAUAAUACACUCUGCUAAGGAUCGAACCCUUCAUCUUACACCAAUCUCUUUCUCAUUCUCCUCCUUCACACGCCUCUGUUUUUCAUCAUACUAUGCAAAUUCAUGAUAAACACUUCUUGUUUGUAUUAGACACCCAAAAGAUCAUAAUACAAGAAAACUAUAUUUAGUUUUUUUUUUCGGUUUUUUUUUUCUUGAAUUUUUAUUCACUGGUCUAUAUGGAGGCAACAGAGAUUGAACCAGAACACAUUUUUCUUAUUUCUUUGGAAAACUAGCUAGUCUGUGAACAUAUUUAUAGUACAGUGAAGUUGUGUAAGAUUUGUUGAGAUCUUCUUGAAACCAUAAAAUGCUGAGAAAUAGAUCCAGAGCAGUGACUAAACAAUCUCUAAUGGCUGACCAUAACUCUGUCCCAGCUUCUAAGUCCAAACAGACCGCUUCAAAUUCUUCUUUUUUCGGCUCUCCCAGGUUUUUUAACAGAUUUUUUCCGAAAGGUGUUACUAAUUUUGAGCCUGUGAAGAAACCAGCUUCAGUGCUGGGAUCCCCUAGAAUUUCUAAUUUUGGUUCAUCAUUUGGUUGUUAUGAUAACAUGGUCAAGUCCCCGAGAGCAGGCUGCGAAAACAAGGAGAUUAGUACUGAGAACAUGAAAAUUGGCCUUGCUCUGAUAAAUGAUGAGAAGAGUCUUGAUCAGAAUAGCUGCACAAGGGCUCGGUUGGGGUCCAAGCUGAGGAUCCAAAUCCCCAGUCCUCCAGGAUCUAACACGCAGAGUUUGCGAUUUUCUGAUGAUUUAUUGACCCCAUCAAGUGGACUCAAUUCUGAGGCUCAAGCACAAGAAUCUCCAAUUGCUAUUUCUACUAGAAGUCUUUCUUGGAGUGAGAUGGAGCUCUCUGAGGACUAUACAUGUGUGAUCUCACACGGGCCUAAUCCGAAAACAACCCGAAUUUUCGAUAACUGCAUUGUGGAGAGCUGCUGUGGUGUGGUUGCAUUAUCUGACUUGAAAAAAGAGUAUAACUUGAGUUCACCAUCUCAGAGUUUUCUGAGCUCCUGUCACACUUGCAACAAGAAUCUUGGAGAUGGCAGUGACAUUUACAUGUACAGGGGAGAAAAGGCAUUUUGCAGUAAUGAAUGUAGGUGUGAAGAAAUAUUUUUGGAUGAGAUGGAGAACUCAGAAAUGGAAAAUGGCUUUUAGGAUUUCUUUUGAUCUUAUCUUUUGCUUUUUUCCAGAUAAAUAAUCUUGAAAAAUAAAAAUAAAAUAGCCAAUCACAUGAGGAUGAGUUUGUCUAUCUAUAUUACAUGUAAGAAAUAACUAUGAAUGUAUUUGGAUGAUUUUUUGUUCUU